AUGAAACCAUUGUUCCUUGCCGAUUUGAUCAGGAUAGAUGGGCUGAUCGCUGUACCAUGGCUGCUCAUUGGAGACUUCAACCUCAUCUACGAGGCUCGCGACAAGAGCAACACCAACCUCAAUCUCAACUUAAUGGUGCAAUUCCGGUCGGCCUUAAAUGUCAGCGACUUAGUUGAGAUCAAGCUAUGUGGCAGACGUUUCACCUGGUCAAACGAGCAGCGAAAUCCCACGCUUGUCGGAUUGGAUCGCGCGUUUUGCUCGCCGGACUGGAACGUCCGUUUUGGGACGGCAAACCUUCAACCCCUAGCAACGGCAAUGUCUGACCAUUGCCCUUUGCUCUUAUCGUGCGACGGGGCUGUACCAAAACGGGGGCGUUUCCGCUUCGAGGCUUUCUGGCCGCACAUUGAGGGGUUCAAGGACGUGGUGGCGCAUGCGUGGUCGCAGCCCUGCGCCGCCGUAGGGCCUGUGGCUAGGCUCAACGCGAAGCUGCGGCCCACGGCGAGGGCCCUAAGGCUUUGGCACAAGCACCACAUUGGGGACACCAAACUGCAGCUUCUGAUGGCGCAGGACAUGGUCGCCUUGCUCGACAAAGCCCAGGAGGAGCGGUUGCUCGAGCCUGACGAGGUAUCACUACGGCAAAACAGCGAGCCCGUGUUAGAUGGCUCAAAGCUGGAGAAGCGAAUACCAAGUUUUUCGACAUCAAGGCCAAUGCGCGGAGACGGAAGAACUACAUCGCCACACUCGCUAAGGACGGAGUGA